GGGGGCGUGGCGGGCGUGGCGGGCGGCGCAUUGUGCGCGGCGGCGGCGGCGGCGGGGCCGGGCCGCGGCCAUGGAGCGCUGGACCGGGCGCGUCGCGCUGGUCACCGGCGCCUCCGUGGGCAUCGGCGCGGCCGUGGCGCGGGCGCUGGUGCAGCACGGCAUGAAGGUGGUGGGCUGCGCCCGCAGCGUGGACAAGAUCGAGAAACUGGCAGCCGAAUGCCAGAGCGCUGGUUAUCCCGGGACCCUCAUCCCCUACAAGUGCGACCUGUCCAACGAAGAGGAGAUCCUGUCCAUGUUCUCCGCCAUCAAGACCCUUCACCAGGGGGUUGACGUGUGCAUCAACAACGCGGGGCUGGCUCGCCCGGAGCCCCUGCUCUCGGGGAGGACGGAGGGCUGGCGGACGAUGAUAGACGUCAAUGUGAUGGCUGUAAGCAUCUGCACCCGAGAGGCCUAUCAGUCCAUGAAAGAGAGAAACAUUGACGAUGGGCAUAUUAUUAACAUUAACAGCAUGAAUGGCCACAGUGUCGUGCCACAGUCGGUGGUGCAUUUUUAUAGUGCCACCAAGUAUGCGGUCACGGCGCUCACGGAGGGGCUCAGGCAAGAGCUCAGGGAAGCGAAGACUCAUAUACGAGCUACAUGCAUAUCUCCGGGACUGGUGGAAACAGGAUUUGCUUUUAAACUUCAUGAUAAUGACCCAGAGAGAGCUGCUGCCACCUAUGAGAGCAUUCGGUGUCUCAAAGCUGAAGAUAUGGCUAAUGCUGUCAUAUAUGUCCUCAGUGCCCCACCUCAUGUACAGAUUGGAGAUAUUCAGAUGAGGCCCACGGAGCAGAUAUCAUAGCAAACGAAGAGGAACGUGAGCAGCAUCGUGUAUCCACUCCACUUCGAACCCUCUGACAAUUUAGGGUUUUGUCGGCUGGCUAGCAACGUUUUAAUUGAGUACCAAGGAUCAUGUUUGAAGAAUUAUUUUUUCUCUCCCUCUCUCUGAGCUGGUGCUGAGCCAGUUUAAAAAAAAAGUAGUGGGUAUCUUUCUCACCCACUCCUUUCUGAAAUUGCUUAAGAGUAAAAUGUAUUUGAAAAUAAUGCAGGGAAGUGGGUUUAUGGAAGAUUGUCGUCUCCAGGCUGGUUUAUUCUUCCUUUUGCUUUCUUUUUGAGGUUUGUUUGAUCUUACUUGCUGAUGCUGUGGUUGGACACAGGUGAAGUGGCACAAGCUGUUUGCCAGCUUCGGUGUGCUUAUGUUUUCAGGUUAUUAAUGGAUGUCAUACAUGAAUCCAUCUAAUUUGGGGGUUUCUUGCCACCAGUUCGAUGCUUAUUUGGUAAUUAUGCACAUGAUAUUUUCUACUUCUCUCAUACCCCACUGUCCUCAAACAGAUAUACACACUCCCCCACCCACCAAACUCUCCUUUCCCAUUCAGAUGAAUAGUGCCUGCCAAGUUUGAGGAAGUAUAAAUGUGUGUGCCUGCUAUUUCUGUUUCUUUCUAGGUAGGUAGGUAGAUAGUUGGAGGAGUAAGUACCUGUAUUUCUGCAGGUUAGAGAAUGAUCAUCUAAGUGGCAUAGUUACAGUACGAGUGAGUUGUUUGGUAUUUUUAAUAAAAAUUGUGUGCUGUCUUGUAAUCACCUCUAUCCUUGGUAUCAUGUCCCAGCACUCUCGAUGUUUUUGUAUGUUUGAUAUUUGCAUGCAUUGACACUUUUUGGAAAUAUUGAUCAGUCUUAGAAAGAUGUAUGGUGCUGUUUAAAUGCUGGUGCUGGUGACUAAGGAGUUGGAAACAUUGCAAGUUUGUUUAUAUGAGAGAGAAAAACUCAGAGAGAGAGGGAGAGAGAGAGAGAGAGUGAAAUGAACCAUGCCGAAGCUGUCCAAAAUGAACAGAUGUUAGCAGAGGCAUUUGCCUACAAAGCAGCAGGUAAAAGGUCUGGUUCAGAUCUCAUACUAGUCUUGCGCUGUUGCAGCCCCAUUGAUUUGCUCUGGAUUUACUCUAACUUGAAGGAGAAGAGAUCAGCCCCAUAGCUGAUACAGGCACAGCUGAGGGACCAUUUGAGUUGCUGUAUUUGGACUCCUGCAGCGUGGCAAAUGAUGCAUCUGCAGGUAGUCCAACUUGAUAUGGAGCUGUGGAGCUGUUAAUGUACACCUUGCCUUAAGAUUGCAGACUCGCUCCUGCUGUGCUAUGAAUUUCCUGUAGCGUUUCUGAAGGUGGACCUGUUGUUUUAGGUGGAGCAGUUAUGGUCAAUUGAUCUGAGUGGAAGACUGGGAGCCUGAGAAACCUGAUUUUGAUUAUUCUGCUUACACUAUAGUGUGGCUUUACGGGAGUCCGUCUGUGGUACACCGCCAUAAGGGGGAGAGCAAAAUCAGGCCAUUAUGUCAUGAGUUUCAACUCCCUAUAUAGCCUUGGGCAAGUCACUUUACCUCUCUGCCUCAGUUUCCCCAUCUGUAAAAUGGGGAUAAUAAUACUUACCUACCUCACAGGGGUGUUGUGAGGACUCACAAGCUGUUUGUAAAGCACUUUGACUAUGAGAAGCGCUAUGUAAGUGCUGAGUGUUGUUAUGAAGUAUUAUUAUUAAUUAAAUCUUGUGAUACAUAGAAUUCCUUGUGCCAAAGGUGAGCAACUGUAGCAGGAUACAAGGAGAAAGCCGGUAAAACAUUCCUUGAUAAUGGUAAAACAAAACCAGUUUGUCCCUCCCUUUUGUUUUUCUUUAUAAAUACACGCUCAUGGUGUUUUCUGUCUGUUCUUUGUCCCUCAGCUCGUUCCUACCAUCAAGUACACACAGCUUUGUCUCUGCAUUUGGCCUUUUAAUUCACUGUGAGUGAAAUUCCUGCCCUGGGGCUAAGUCUAACACUAAUGCACUGCCCUCCUCCACCUUGCCGAGGCAGCGGCUUUGUGGGGGCUCUGCGCAGGGCUGGAUUUCACCCACGGUACUGCGCUAGAUCAUGUCCCACGAAGAGCAGCCAGCCGAGGUCUGCACGCAGCCAGUAAUCCUUGCCCCAGCGGAGAGUGCCUGGAAAAGCUCGUCGGUCUCGGUGCCACCGCAGUGCUCAGCUUGGAGGCACUUGGCUAGGGAAGGUCCAAGCACAACUGUUUUUGUGUGUGCUUUUAUAGCACGCCUGUGUUGUUCAGCUAGGCUUAAUAGGAAAACAGCCUGUGCUUGUGUUUUUUCCCCAGGGUUUAUUUUGCAGGAGCUUGUCGCUGAAAUUCAGCAGGCGCACUGUGCUCUGUGUGUGCUGUCUUUUUAAAAGAAGGUGCCAGAGAAGGUGGCUGAACUAGGAGUUGAAGGCCAAAAAAACAUUGAGAAAUUAGGAAAUUCUGAGCAGGAAAAAGAAUGAGCAAAGGUGUGGGAAGCACAGGUGCAACACUGGAAUUGGUGGCCAUAACUGUGUGCAAAGUUAAGCAGAUGUUGAAAUGCAUGGCUGAGGCGGGACCCAAUUUUAUCUUUCUGCUCUGUAGAAGGAGGCUUUAGAGCGAAUUGCUUAAGAUGUAAGGCCUUGAAACAGGGCCAGUCAGGGUAGUCACUCCCUGCAAAUACAACCUGGCUGACGUGCAGCCCUGCCAGAUUUUUUCCCCAACAACAUUUGUAACCUUUGCAAGUCUAUAAAAUAACCUGUUGUCCUUGAAAUGAUAUCCAGUAUAUUUUUCCAUCUCAAAUGUGGCAUUUUUUAGGGAAUAAUUCCUGCUGCCAGUUACCUCCCUGUCUCUGGCCGCCUUCCCACGCAAAGCGCGGCCCGCGGAGGGGCUUGGCACGCUUGCUUGGCUGCUCUGUCUCGCGUAAGCUGCCAGCACUUCGAGCCAUCUUCCUGGGCUGAGACAGGGUUGGCAACAUACUCUGAGGCAUUAAAACCCCUAACAGGAGGGCAAACUGUGUAAUUUAUCAAUAGGUUUCUAAUUGUUAACUGUUAAAUAAAAGAAUAAAAAGAGAGGCAUGCUGUA